AUGCUCAUGAGCUGUCUUUUAGUAUUGAAGUCGAGGUUGGCUACUGUCUCUCAUCCUCUCCUCUCGGUUAGCCACCUCAACAAAAGCGGCAGUAAUUGGAGCACGCAUCAGCUCCUUAUCUGCGUUGUCGUCGCUUCGCCAAAGCGGGGUAGUCUACUCCCCGAAUUUGAGGAUGAGACUUUCAGCUUGGACCCCUAUCUCAGCAAGAAAGCCCUCAGCCAGAAUGAGGAGUUUGUCAAUGGCCCUGAGAAGGAAGACCCCUAUAUCAGCAAACACUACCUAGUCGGCAAAUACGGCGCCAAACUUAGAGAGAUUUGGGCUGCCCUGGCCACCGUCACUGCAUACAAGCACAAAGCAGCUAAUGCUGCUAAUACGACAACGGCAACCGUUCCAGUCACUCCCCCACGGAAGAGGCCCAGAAGAAGCAUCCCAGCACCCACCUAUACGUACGAUGACUCCGAAGGCUCGGGCACAAGCCGCGAGGGCAGUGCUAUCAGCGAGUUCAUGGUACAAGUGGCAUCGGCAGACCUCCCUUCUGAGGAUAGCGUUGUGCUGCUCAUCAUACGGGUGUUGAACUUAAUUAGCUACUGCACCCAGCUAUUCGGAUCUCAGCAGCCAACUAUACCUAUUCUGACUCCGACGGAUCUGGGCCAAGCUGCGAGGGUGGACAAGCUAUCGAGGGGGAUAUGGAACAAGUGGCACCAUUUUUGA